CCUGCCUAAUCAACCCAAACGCCUUUCGUAACAUCCCUCAACAUUCAUACCACAGUUUUCUCUGAUUCAUACAAAAGAUUUCAUACCGCAGUUUUCUCUAAUUCAGAUAAAAGAUCUCUUACCACUGCAUCCUACCGAUACCUAUUAAACCAAUUAUAUUUCAAUAGCUUUUGGCCGAAUAGGCAGCCUUCCUCAGAUCACCAACCUACACCAGUCGCCGAUAUGCCACCAAAGAAGGGGGUGUCUGAGCAGCAUCGGGAUAUACAACUCUCGAAGAAGGAAUUUAAGAAAAACCAACGAUCCAGUACAAUCACCGAUGAUCAAAUCGACGAGGCAGUGAAAGGUUACCAAUGUAAACCAGUGGAAGCAACUCAGAGACCGUACCAUGAAUGCACCCGACUUGGAGUCAACGAUAAAGAGAUGGUCGGAUCAGCUAAGGAUUCUUGGCAAUACUGGACAAACGUCCUGCGAAACCAUAAGCCAAGAUUUCCUGCCGAAUUUGACCAAAUAUGUCAAUUACUGACGACCAAAAUUCACAUGGGGGGUAAACCUACCAGUUCGGUAUUAUAUCAAAACGCAAGAGCAAAGCUUGUCGAAAUAGCCAAAAUCUGCCAAGAUUGCGACAAUCAAUUUGAUCCCGAAAAAUGCGCCGAAUUACACUACCCUACCUGCGCCGAGCUCGAAGCCCUUAGGAUAUACGGAGAUACUGCAGAGGGCUUUGGGACUUUUCCUACACCAAUUGCGGAUCUCUUGAAAAAAACCGAUCUUGUUUGGUCGCUCCAGUGGGGCGACCAACAACAGCCAACACGAGGAUUUUGGGGGGAUUAUGUGCAAAGCUGCAUGCAGCCCAAAAGACCAGCGGCUACUGAUGAGGGUAGCCUUUCGAAGAGGGCAAGGCUUUCGGGUCCGGAAGUCCCUAACGCAGAGGGGCUUGAGGAAAGGGAUUUGGAUUCGCAGAAUGCUCUUACAGCUAUUCAAUCAGCCAAGGAGGAAAUCAUCUCCGAGAUGAAAAAGGAGAUGGGGGAGAUGAAAAAAGAGACGAGAGAGAUGAAAAAGGAAGCAUUGGAAGAAAUGCGAUCCUCAAAAAAGGAGGUAAUAGAAGAAAUUACCUCUUUAAACAACAACGUUUAUGGUUCGAUCCAAAACGAUAAAUUGAAGAAGCAUAAUGAGAACGCUUCUUCUAAUGAAGAUGAUGACUCUGAUGAUACGUCAGACAUCGUAUUGUCAUUGGUGGGACCUACAUUAGGGUUCACUAAUUAGUACUCAACAAAAGGUACUAUCGGGAUAAAUAUUAACUACGGAUAUAUCCUGACCCGACGGCUGCCUCGUAAGAGGCCAUCUACAGUCAUGUAACUAGCUUAGAUGGUGACUAUCCACCAGGGAUAUAUACAACGUACGUAGCCGUACGUUAUAUCCCUCCUUUCGUAAC